GUUUAUGCAUGCAGUUUGUUUGGAUGCUGUAUCCGAAUUUGAGACCCUACCGCCCUAUUGUCCAGCUGGAGUCAGAAUAUGGAUUUGUAGAAUCCCCUUGAUCUAUGCGUACGUAGAGGAGAUGUACUAUCCCGAUCUCUUUUGCAGGCAGUUUGGUGCCCUGCAACACGUCCCUCAAGUUGUUGUCUAUGACCGUCAUCUACACCACAUUAAGUCAAAUGUUAUGCAAAUUGGCGAUGAUGAGAAACAGUAUUUAGAGGUGUGGGAGGGACGUAAUGAUGCUACAGUGCAGAUGGAGUUUGGGAUGGUGGAUGCCACACUAGAGUAUCGUCAGUGUCAGCGCCUUGAUCCUGGUAGGCAUCCAGAUGGGUUUGUACCUUCGCACGAGGUAUUGAGAGUUCAUGAGUUGUUAAGAGAGUGUGUUCGUGCUCUUGGAAAUGCAUCUAUCCUUGAUCACCCAAGGAGCAGCAUGCCUACAAUCCAGGACAUAUUAGGAGACGGGCAGAUAGAAGGCGUGAUGCACCUGCUGUCGGGGUUAGACGUGGAGGGCGGGGUAGUCGGAGAAGAACGUCACCGUCACAUUGUACGUACUCGAGAUGAUCGAACUGAUUCUGUCGGCUUUGCUGCCUGGUCCGCUCGCCCCCCUCCUUCUGGAAAAUUUAUGUGCUCUCAUUGUGGUCGCACUAAUCACACCGUUGAAACAUGUUUUGAGCUCGUUGGUUUCCCCUCCCACUUCACUAAAACCUCUAGCGGUCGUGGUACCUCCGUUAGUCAUCGUGGCGGUCGCGGAGGCCGUGGGGGAGGACCUGCCGUCAACCAUGGUGGCCGCGGCAUAUUAGGCACUCCGGCAGCUGCUCCUGGCCGAGGGCAACAACCCAGCGGCACAGCCCCAGCCGGCAGUGGCUCCCAAGCGGCUAUCCAUGUGGCUUCCGUUGUUUCAGUGGACGGGACUCACUUAUAUGGAAAGUAUAAGGGAACUUUAUUAAUUGUCGUGGCAAUGACGGGAAAUGGUGACAUUUUUCCCUUGGCUUUUUCCAUUGUGGAUGCUGAGGAUGGUGCAAGCUGGAAGUGGUUCAUGACAAAUAUCAUGCGACAUGUCGUGCCUCCACACCGCCAUAUAUGCAUAAUAUCUAAUAUGCACGGUGGUAUUGAUCACGCAUUCAAUAAUGUUCCAGAAUUGCAGGGAGGUCAAGUCACUCAAAGAUUUUGUCACCGCCACCUGCGAAGCAAUUUCCAUAACAAGUUUCGAAGUAAGAAACUGAGGAAUAUGAUGUACAAACCUGGUGAGACCCCUAGCAGAAGUCGGCCAGAUUGGGAAGGAGUGGGCACCCAGCUAGUCAAGUUCAAGAUGGACGAGACACUCCGGAUGGAGGCCAUGAUGGUCACUUCCCCGAAAGAUGUAGAGGCAGCUCGACUGGCGGCUGAAAAGAUGAAGGAGAAGCCAGUUGAACAAGCAGAAGCCUACUAGGGUCUCUUCGCCAAGCACGGGGGCUUGCUCAAAUCCGCCAAGGGGUCGGACGAGCAGGCUCAGCAAAAGAUCUCCGAGUUAGAGGAGAAGGCCGAGCGGACGGCCAGCUGGAAGAGGAGGUUGCCCAGCUAAGGGCUGAGCUAGAGAAGGAGCGCUCCGACCGGGCUGUUCACGCCGCUGCUUGGGCUGCGCAAGAACCGGAGAAGUUUGCUGCUUAGGCACAUCCUGA